UCCCCCAGCACCUUAUAUCGAGGGUCCUCCCAUUAUGCCUCCUCCUCCAGCACCUUAUAUCGAGGGUCCUCCUAUUCUGCCCCCUCUGCUACCGGCUCCUCUGCCUCCUAUGCCCAUGCCCUCUGCUCCAUAUAUGGGUGCCCCCCCGCCUCCGCCUCUCCCGCCAAUUGUCUCCCCAAUUGACGAGGACUGCGAGACACCUCCUCCCCCUCCUCUCCAUGGCCUGGCACCAUACCACGAGGCCCAGCCUCUUGUGCCUCCACCCAUGCCCGUGCCUACCGGUCCUGCCUACGAGGUAUUGCCGCCGAUUGUCGGCCCCAGCCCCCUGCCCCUCAACAGUAUUCCCCUGCCUCCUCCGGUUGUCCCCCUGCCUCCCGUGUAUGAGAGCGGCCCACCUCCUCCAGUACCCUUUGUUCCGGUAGUUCCUGAGUACAACGGUGUGCCCCCUCCUCUGCCUCCCUCUCCCAUGCUGCCUCCGCCUCCCCCUUUCAUGCCUGUUGGCCCGCCGCCACCUCCUCCCAUGCCUGUUGGCCCCCCGCCACCUCCUCUCAUGCCGAUCGGCCCGCCUCCUCCCGCUCCCGCUCCCAUCGGUCCACCACCUCCCCCGAUGACGUCGAUUGCCAAUGACGUUGUGCUUGCUUAUACUAACACUGCUAACGGCAAUAUGCCUGCUAUUUGCAUCCCAGUGCCCUACCCGGUUGCCACUGGCCCCGGUGCUGCUCUGCCACCACCACCUCCGCUCGGCGGCCCAGUUUACAACGCUAUCAUGCCGCCCCUUAUGUAAACUAACAAUUACAUAUUUAUAUAUCCCUUUUUCUUAUUCUUCUGGUUGAGAUAUGAACAAAGGGGCCAAUGAUUUUUUAUACAAGUCGAUGUAGCACAUUGACACAUUUUUUCUUCUCAUAUUUCACUUUUAAAUAUAUCAUUUUCCACG